GAAGGGAGUGGUGAAGGAGACUUCGAAGUUCCCAAUUUCCUGCACAUGUAUCCACAGAAUUCACACUGCCCGGGUCAGAUUUGCCUGUAAAUGCAUCACGAAGAGGCAGCGCAGAAUGAAGAAAGCAAGCAAGAGUGUUGGCUCAGUGCCUAAAGUGUCUGGGAUAAGCAAAACACAAACAGUAGAAAAAACAAAACUUGAGAACAACUCUUUAGCACCUACUGGAGGCAAACUUAUAAAACCUGGAACAGCAGCAUCAUUGUCAAAGACCAAGAGCAGUGAUGACCUUCUAGCUGGAAUGGCUGGAGGGGUGACAGUGACUAAUGGUGUUAAAGGAAAGAAAAGCACCUGCCCUUCUGCAGCAUCUACCCUUGCCAUGAACACCAUGGAGAGCAAAGCAAAGAUUGGCACAGGCUCGUGUUCUUCAACCAAGCGGAGCACUUCUACAGGUAAUAAAGAAUCCAGUUCUACCAGAGAAAGACUGCGUGAACGUACCCGACUAAACCAGAGCAAAAAACUACCUUCUGCAGGUCAGGGAGCUAAUGACAUGGCAUUGGCUAAGCGUUCCCGCAGCCGCACUGCUAUGGAAUGUGAUGUUCGUAUGAGUAAGUCUAAGUCAGACAAUCAGAUCAGUGACAAGGCCGCUUUGGAAGCCAAAGUGAAAGAUCUUCUCACACUGGCAAAAACUAAAGAUGUGGAAAUUUUGCAUUUGAGAAACGAACUCCGAGACAUGCGUGCUCAGCUGGGCAUCAAUGAGGAUCAUUUGGAGGGUGACGAAAAAUCUGAGAAGGAAGCUAUUAUUACCCACCAGCCAACUGAUGUUGAGUCAACGUUACUGCAGCUACAAGAACAGAAUACUGCCAUCCGUGAAGAACUCAACCAGCUGAAAAAUGAAAACAGAAUGUUAAAGGACAGGUUGAAUGCAUUGGGCUUUUCCCUAGAGCAGAGGUUAGACAAUUCUGAAAAACUGUUUGGUUAUCAGUCCCUGAGCCCAGAAAUCACCCCUGGUAACCAGAGUGAUGGAGGGGGUACUUUGACUUCUUCAGUGGAAGGCUCUGCACCUGGGUCAGUGGAGGAUCUUUUGAGUCAGGAUGAAAACACCCUCAUGGACCAUCAACACAGUAACUCUAUGGACAAUCUGGACAGCGAGUGCAGUGAGGUGUACCAGCCCCUCACAUCGAGUGAUGAUGCCCUUGAUGCACCAUCAUCCUCAGAAUCAGAAGGCAUUCCCAGCAUUGAGCGCUCUCGAAAGGGAAGCAGUGGGAAUGCCAGUGAAGUGUCUGUUGCUUGCUUGACGGAACGGAUACACCAGAUGGAAGAGAACCAGCACAGUACGAGUGAGGAACUUCAGGCAACUCUGCAAGAGCUAGCUGAUUUACAACAGAUUACCCAAGAACUGAAUAGUGAAAAUGAAAGACUCGGAGAAGAGAAGGUUAUUCUCAUGGAAUCUUUAUGUCAGCAAAGUGAUAAGUUGGAACACUUUAGCAGGCAGAUUGAAUAUUUCCGCUCCCUUUUAGAUGAGCAUCACAUUUCUUAUGUUAUAGAUGAAGAUGUAAAAAGUGGACGUUAUUUGGAAUUAGAACAACGUUACAUGGAUCUAGCUGAGAAUGCCCGUUUUGAACGAGAGCAGCUGCUAGGUGUUCAGCAGCAUUUAAGCAAUACUUUGAAGAUGGCAGAACAAGACAAUAAGGAAGCUCAAGAAAUGAUAGGGGCUCUCAAAGAACGCAAUCACCACAUGGAACGCAUUAUUGAGUCUGAGCAGAAGAGCAAAGCAGCCUUGGCAGCCACAUUGGAAGAGUACAAAGCCACAGUGGCCAGUGACCAGAUAGAGAUGAAUCGCCUGAAGGCCCAGCUGGAGAACGAAAAGCAGAAAGUGGCGGAGCUGUACUCCAUCCAUAACUCUGGGGACAAGUCUGAUAUUCAGGAUCUCCUAGAGAGUGUCAGGCUGGACAAAGAAAAAGCAGAGACUUUGGCAAGUAGCCUGCAGGAAGAUCUGGCUCACACCCGAAAUGAUGCCAAUCGAUUACAGGACACCAUUGCUAAGGUAGAAGAUGAAUACCGAGCCUUCCAAGAAGAAGCUAAGAAACAAAUAGAAGAUUUGAAUAUGACAUUAGAAAAAUUAAGAUCAGAGCUGGAAGAGAAAGAAACAGAAAGAAGUGACAUGAAAGAAACCAUCUUUGAACUUGAAGAUGAAGUAGAACAACAUCGAGCUGUGAAACUUCAUGACAACCUCAUCAUUUCUGAUUUAGAGAAUACGGUGAAAAAACUUCAAGACCAGAAACAUGAUAUGGAAAGAGAAAUCAAGACACUACACAGGAGACUUCGGGAAGAAUCUGCAGAAUGGCGACAGUUUCAAGCUGAUCUCCAGACUGCAGUGGUGAUUGCAAAUGACAUUAAAUCUGAAGCCCAAGAGGAGAUUGGUGAUCUGAAGCGCCGGUUACAUGAGGCUCAGGAAAAAAAUGAGAAACUCACAAAAGAACUGGAGGAAAUAAAGUCACGCAAGCAAGAAGAGGAGCGAGGCCGGGUAUAUAACUACAUGAAUGCUGUGGAGAGAGAUUUGGCAGCUUUAAGACAAGGGAUGGGACUGAGUAGAAGGUCCUCCACCUCCUCUGAGCCAACCCCUACAGUUAAAACCCUCAUCAAGUCCUUUGAUAGUGCAUCUCAAGUACCAAACCCUACUGCAGCUGCAAUUCCACGAACACCUCUGAGUCCAAGUCCUAUGAAAACCCCUCCUGCAGCAGCUGUCUCCCCUAUGCAGAGACAUUCCAUAAGUGGACCAAUUUCUACAUCCAAACCCCUGACAACCCUGUCAGAUAAGAGACCAAACUAUGGGGAAAUCCCUGUUCAAGAGCAUCUAUUAAGAACAUCUUCAACCAGCCGACCUGCUUCCCUGCCAAGAGUACCUGCCAUGGAAAGUGCCAAGACCAUCUCAGUGUCUCGACGAAGUAGUGAAGAGAUGAAACGAGACAUCUCUGCACCAGAAGGAGCGUCGCCAGCUUCUCUUAUGGCUAUGGGGUCCACAUCACCACAGCUUUCCCUGUCCUCCUCUCCCACAGCAUCUGUGACCCCCACCACUCGAAGCCGCAUAAGGGAAGAAAGGAAGGACCCUCUCUCAGCAUUGGCAAGAGAAUAUGGAGGAUCAAAAAGGAAUGCCUUGCUGAAGUGGUGUCAGAAGAAAACAGAAGGCUAUCAGAAUAUUGACAUUACAAAUUUCAGCAGUAGUUGGAAUGAUGGACUAGCCUUCUGUGCCCUCCUGCAUACGUACCUUCCAGCCCACAUUCCAUAUCAAGAAUUGAACAGUCAGGAUAAGCGAAGGAACUUCACCCUGGCCUUCCAGGCGGCUGAGAGUGUCGGCAUCAAAUCCACGCUGGACAUUAAUGAAAUGGUGCGGACUGAACGACCAGAUUGGCAGAACGUGAUGCUGUACGUGACAGCAAUCUACAAGUACUUCGAAACCUGAAUACCCCAGGAGGACCCCCCACAGAUACCAAGAGACACCACCAUCAUUAGCUAUGCGCCCUAUAAAGCUUUCAGCAACUCUGGGCUGCCCUGUAGUAUGUGAGCCUUCAGCCUGAGCCUCCGAGUUGGACGAACUGGGGCCUGUGUGGCCCAUGGCUCGGCCAGGCUCCUCCCACACAACCUGUCCAGUGGUCAGUAUGGAACCAACGUGACACUGAUUUGCUGCCAGUUUUCUUUUUGAAGAGGAUAUUGAACUACAUUAGUGCUGCGGGGUGUAAAAUAAAGACUCCUCACAGUUAAAUUUGGGAAAGGGGAUUAAAUUAUGUGGACAGUUCAUAAGGGUUGGUGAAAGCUUUAGCCCAGCACUUCUCGACUGCUUGCCUGUGUAUGUUCCUUCACCUGUGAGAACCAGUAAGGAAAUCCAUGCCUGACAGGUUUCUGCCUCUAGGCACUUGACAGAGCAAGCCUUGGCCCCUAACAUGAGCUUGGUUUUGAAGGGUGCAUGUGACAGGGCUUUCCUGGCCAACUCAACUUAGGUAUUUUUAAGUUGAGCUAACAUGAUCAAAACUCAUGUUCCUGGCUUUCAGGGUCUCCUGUGUGGAAUGAUUCAUGCAGCUGGGCCUCCAUAGACAGGAAAUUAACUGAGGGGCACCCCUCGCCCAAUGUUCUCCUGACCAGUCCAUCCGUCAACCUUGAAAGGACUUGGAUCCUCAGUUUUGACUUUAGAUUUCUGGACUAAAGAAUUGGUCAUAAGGAAUUCUCCUACUUUAAAAAAAAAUUUUUUUUUUUGUUCUUCUGAGCAAUAUUGGCAAAAAUAGCUCCUGCUCCAUUAGUACCAAAGGUAAAUUAUUUUAGUAAGAAUAGAGAUGAAAUACCAAAUCUGGACAUUAGUAUGGUAAAAGCAAAGAAUGAAGUAGGAUGUAGCAAGAGAAUAAACUAAACAACUUUAGGAAGCCCAGGGAGUGUAAUUUAAAGUCAUUUAUGGAUCACUGAGACAUAAUCCUCCUAGGCCAGAAUUGAAGAAAGUGCCUUAACUCUCCUUGCUAUGAUAGCCACCAUGCAGAGGGGCUGGAAGGCCACUGCCCACCAUGGUCACAGCAGGAUGUCACCUGGGCACCACCGGUCAGAGAUGGACUUGGGCUCCCUGUUAUCGCUGCCCUCUCCUGGUUCUGAGUGACAGACACCUGAACCACAGCCCCUUCUGUGUGGUUUGAACCAAAGCCUUAUUAGGUGUUUCUGUUGCGCUGGCUCAGGCUGGGACUCGGCCCUUCUUGGAACUUGGAACCCCCAUGUUAUGUGUGCCUGGCACGGUUGUUGUUGGUUUGAACAAUGUCAAGACCUGUCGCAUCCAGAACACAACUGUUUUUGGCAUCCAGAAAGUAGUCAAAGGAAGAGCUGGCACCAGUGGAAGCAGGAUCUCUGCCCCAGCCACAAGAUGCAAGGACAGGAUUGCAGCAGACUGCCCAGCCAGCUUGUGAACUGAGGCCUCUGUCUUCAAGCAUGAUGUUCUAGACUAGGAGUUGGACAUGUCUAUAGCCUAGAAACGAAUGUGGUUGUUACAAAGUGGGGUGUGCGUGUGCGUGUGGCCUGCUAGCCUGAGGCCAUUGGUGGCCAGUAAAUGCCCAUCUGCCCUACCCAGAUGUCCUAACCUGACAGCUCCAGCUGCGGCCCCAGCUAGAGUGUUUUAAGGAAAUGUCCAUUUUCAGUCAAAGGAGAGACCGGGUGAGCAGAACCCAGCCAGAGCACCCCAGAAACAGCAACCCCAGUGGACUCCUGUCCCUGUCCUCUGUAACCCAAUUCUGUUCUUAUUUCUGCUGCUCCGUUGACAGUUCCCCUUUGCUGUCAGCUGAAUGACUGUUAGUAUAAGAAUCAUUGUUUUUUAAAUGUCUCUCCAUUUCACUUUUCCUGAGUCCCGCUUUUGUUCUUAUUUGCCAGUCUGGACCACAUGCAUCUGACCUGUAGUCAUGUUUGCUUGUUUAUUACCAGGAUGGGGAGGGCAGGGGAAAGGACUGUUUCGUCCUGUAAAGGGCAAGACUUUCCUGGGUCUACAUUUCACAACUUUGUCCCUUCCUAGCCACUUGAGCCAGCCCUGGCAGCCGUGGCUGCUGCUGACGGGCUGCAUGUACAUGGCUGCUGCUCCCCCGAAGUGUGUCCUGGGCUGCGGCAGGGCAGAGGGUGGCACCGGGAGGAUCUACCUCUGCCUCCCUUACAACAGGCUACACGAGCUGCCUGGCUAGGCUGCCCACAUUUGCUUGUGGAUCCACAGCUGAAAGGAUUCCAGAAGCAUAGCAAUUUGCUUUUUCUAAUAGGAUCCUUAUGACACGGUUGGCUUUAUGGAAUGGUUACGGAUGGUCACCCGUGUAUGUGUAUGUGUAUGUGUGUUUGAGACACUCUGAGGUGCUUUUAUUCCAGUGGCAAUUGAUGUGAAGCCUCCAGAAAGUCAUUUUGCCACUUCUCCCUUCAAGCACAAGCUUUACUGCAAAAGGGCCAGUUGUGUUUCUAUUUCUCUCAACUACAGUCUUCUGCUGACGGAUGAUACUUCUUUAUUUUGUUCCAUUAAAUAUUCUCGAAUUAUUAAAAUUCCUGAAAAACAUCAAGCUUGACUUUUCUAACUCGCCCUUCCCUGUGACCCCUCUAACAUGGCGACUGGGUGUGCAAGGAGGGCACUUCUGACCAGCCUCCACCCUCUGGCCACCUGUCCCCAUGGUGGGGGAAGGAGCCGACUGGAGGUUGGGAGCCUCAGCCAAAUACUUGCAUCUGUAAUGAGGGUGCUUACAUGAGCCCAAAGGGUGUGGUGUGACCACUGAGAUUCUGUGACAGGCGUGAAGACCUCAGAAACAGCUGUCCUAUAAGGAGGGACACCCCAUCAUUCCCCAGCUUCAGCCAGCUGUGCAGUUCCAGG